AUGCCCGACCUCAAUAAUGCGGGACUCUCCCCCGCGACCAUCGAGUCCAUCGCUGGUCUCAGUGCCGGUACCGUCGCUACCUUGACGGUGCAUCCUCUCGAUGUAGUCAAGACUCGCAUGCAGAUCUAUCGCAGCACAGUCCCAGACGCUGUGCGGCCUACAACUGUCUCUAUCCUGCGCGCCUUGACGUCAACUCCUCACCCUGUCGCCUCUCUCUACCGUGGCCUGACGCCUAAUCUCAUCGGAAACGCCUCUAGCUGGGCUUCUUUCUUCUUUUUCAAGUCGCGCUUCGAGCACGCCCUUGCCGCGUGGCAGAAUCGGCCUAAUGGCCGUCCAUCAGCAGGCGACUACUUUCUCGCGAGUGCGCUGGCGGGAGCCUCGACCACGACACUGACAAACCCUAUCUGGGUUCUCAAAGUACGCAUGGUCUCUUCUGAUCGCGGAUCGCAGGGCGCAUAUCCCUCUAUGCUGGCUGGCGCACGCUCCAUCCUCAAGACAGAAGGGAUACGGGGCUUCUACCGUGGCCUGGGCAUUUCUCUGGUCGGUGUAUCCCACGGCGCCGUGCAGUUCGCCGUUUACGAGCCUGUCAAGCGGUGGUACCACACGCGCCGGCGAGAGAAGUACGGCAUUCAGAGGGAUCACAUGACGACUGAGGCGACAAUCGGGCUGUCAAGUCUGGCCAAGUUCGUCGCUGGGGCUGUCACAUAUCCGUACCAGGUGCUGAGAAGCAGACUGCAGAACUAUCAGGCUGACGAGCGGUUUGGCCGGGGUAUCAGAGGUGCUGUGGUGAGGAUAUGGACAGAAGAUGGAAUGAGAGGGUUUUAUCGUGGGUUGGUUCCCGGUGUCGUGCGAGUGAUGCCUGCGACGUGGGUGACGUUCUUGGUGUAUGAGAAUGUCAAGUAUUAUCUCCCUCAGUGGGUUUAA